UUCUCACGCUGUUCCACCACAGCAGCUGAACCCUUGCUCUUCACAGAAGAGGGUCCUGGUGACAUCACAUCCUCUUCUAUAAGUUACGCUGCCUCCAAAGUUCAGUGACAAAGAUCAGCUGCGCUGCGCUGCACCGCCCCGAGGACGAUGGCCGGGUCUCCUGCACUGCUCCUCCUGCUCAGCCUGGGGCUCUGCUGCACCGGCGCCCAGCGACAGAGGGAUGCAGUGGUGGUCAUUUUCAACAGGAAUAUGAAGCACCCCCAGCACGGACAGCGGCUGGAGCUGGAGUGCCGCACAUCCAGAACCACAUGGGGAGCAUCUUGGGUCCGCCUGGACAAGGAUGGGAACCUUCACUUCAUUGUCUCCAGUAAUUCUCCGUACAACACAGUUGUUCAUGAGAAUUUGAGAAUAUCUCUGCACUAUGAGGUAUCAUGGAGAGGUAGCUCCCAUUGGCUGGUGGUGAAGUCCUUCACGGCACAGGACCAGGGGAUCUAUUUCUGUGUCACCAAUGUGAACCAGGUGCUGCACUUCAGCUCUGGACAACCCGCCUUCUUCCCAGCAGCACUCACCAAACCCGUGGCCACCACCCAGUGCAGUCAGGUCACCAAGAAAGACAUCUCCUGGCACAGCCCGGAUCCAGCAGCAGAAUACAACACACCCAAUGCCACAACCCAGAGCAGCCCGGUCACCAAGAGGAACAGCUCACAACAUGGUCUGGAUGCAGAAACAAGCAAUGAGAACAAGCCGAACUCCUCCUGCGAUGUUUUCCUCUGGGUUCGAGUGGCUGGCACCUGCCUCCUGCUCCUCACUGUCAUCACCAUCAUCAUUAUGCACCACCAAAGACCGAGCUCACCGUAAGCAAGCAGUGCUGCGUGGCUGCUCAGCAGAAGGCACACAGGCGUCCUCCUCAAGCACCGCCCUGAUCCCAUCA